AUGUCGCCACGCAGGCAGGCGGGCAAGCGGCCAGGCAGACAGGCUGUCGAGGGGCGGACUGCCGGACGAUGGUGUCGAAGAGAAUGGUCCUCACCUGCCGAUGCUCGCAAUGCAGACGCCUCGCGGCGACUGUAUUCCUCAGUCUUCCUUGGUAGUCCUGACAAUUUCGGAACGAGCGCAAGCGGUGAUGCCAGCAACGCCAGCAUAGGCAGCGGCGAGGGCACCGGCGAGGAGGACGACGAUGCGAGUGGCAAAAAGAACCAAAAGAAACGUGGCAUUUUCCCAAAAGUAGCAACAAACAUAUUGAGAGCGUGGCUGUUUCAGCAUUUAACGCAUCCGUACCCAUCCGAGGACCAAAAAAAACAGUUGGCGCAGGAUACUGGCCUAACGAUACUGCAAGUUAACAAUUGGUUCAUCAAUGCGCGGCGAAGAAUUGUGCAGCCAAUGAUUGAUCAAUCGAACCGAGCAGUUUAUACACCGCAUCCAGGUCCCUCCGGUUAUGGUCACGAUGCCAUGGGCUACAUGAUGGACAGCCAGGCGCACAUGAUGCAUCGUCCGCCCGGCGAUCCAGGCUUCCAUCAAGGCUACCCGCACUACCCGCCCGCUGAAUACUACGGACAGCACUUGUAAUCCAGCGCAAGCAACGAGCACGGGCCAAAUGCGGAAGCCUUAACUGGAGUCGAAGCUCUCACUGACACUGAAACUGAUGCCCAAGCGGAAGCGGAAGUGGAAGGCGAUGGCGAUGGCAAAGGCGAGUGCGUACCCGCAAGCGGAUGUUGAGCAGCACGCUGAUAGCGACAAAGCCAAAAUCAUAGCUUAAACUUACUACUACAUACUAAAACAGAGCAGAGGAGCCGAUCAGGACGAAAUGAGAGUGGCCAGGACCUUUGAACCGUGUAACUUACAAUACCGAGUGGCAAUAUCAGUCAAGUAAUAGAGCAAAGUAAUACUGUAGUAAAAUCUUAAAUACAAAAGCAAAACAAACAAAAACAUAAGAUAUUAGCUAAUCGAAAGGCAGGCACAACAACAGAAUCACCAACAUCAACAGCAGCAGCAGCAACAACAACAACAACAAAUAACAAUUUAAGAGAAACUUCUUGUGUAUACUUUUAACAUAAAUAACAAAUACAACAAGCAACAAAAAAAGAGAAAGAUAUUUAUGCAUAAACAAAAUGAAACGCUUAGCUCUAAGUUAAAUAAACGAAUCAGAACCAACAAACACCUGCACACACACACUCAAACACACACACACACAUACACACACACAAGCUUGCUA